AUGCAAACUGCAGUGCUCGCUCCAAACAAUGCACCACCCGCCGCGGCUCAGUACACGGAAGCGCCUGGCUUGCCAGCUAAUACACCCUUUAACGUCAUAAAUCGGGCUAGCCAACUACAGCCCGUGCGCAAGGGUCCGAUCAAUACCUUGCCUAAAGAGAUCAUCCUGCACAUAUUCAAGUUGGGCGCGUCCUGUGGCGACUCCCAAAAACGUAUCGAUUUUGCGGUCUUAGUGUCGCAAGUUUGCGGUACAUGGCGUGACGUCGCUUUCAGCUGCUCCUCGUUGUGGGCGGACAUCACCAUCACGACCGAUAACAUGUACAAUGUUGACGGAGGGCACGCUAUCGUAAAUACAUCUCUUCUUCGUGCAAAGGAGUUCGCCUCGCGUUCCAGAGUCUUUCCGUUGUCUGUCCGACUCAAACUCCUCGUUCCACCCAACUUCGUAUAUCUUCAAAUAGGCACGAUUAUAAUAAUGAAUUGGCUCCGCCUGGUGUUUCCACGCAUCAAAUAUCUCUCGAUACACUGCGAUACUCUCCACAUCGCGCGGCUGGUCACGAAUCGUUUACAGACAGUCCCCAUGGAGAAUCUGGAGACCUACAAAAUGAAGUUUGGCACUGAAGUCCUGUCCUUUUGCCAUUCAAUUAUUUUGCCACCAGACGUGCGCUUUCUUUUUCUGGCUGGCCAAAACGAAGAACAGACACACACAGCGGACAACUUGGAUUUGCUCCCAAAGUUGACACGGGUUUCAUUGUCCGGGUUCCCAGUCUCAUGGUCUCGGUGGUCUCUAACGCGUCUGACAUCCCUAUCGAUUAAUUUCAUGACCUUGCAUGACCGACCUUCGAUGGAUGUGCUGAAAUACAUCCUUGCAUUGAACGGAGAGACUCUGGAAAAACUCGAGAUCCAAGGCGCCAUUCAGCGGUUUGGGAGGAUACCCUGUAACGCGGACGAGUUGCCGACGAACUUGCCGAGGCUCAUGGACCUUACGCUCGGUUAUCUAUCCCAGUGGGAAGCCAUAAUUUUUUUCCUUCACUUCGAGGCGCCUGCGCUGAAGCACCUCAAGUUAUGUGACGUCUCUCGCUCAAUUCUUACUCGGCACUUCAAAGACGGAUUUGACUCGAACAGCCUGGUCAUCCAGAACAUACCUGCUCUUCAACCCUUCAACAAAUUUUCUUCUACGAUCCUCCUCGAACAUCUGGUUUAUGUGUGUUCACUACUCGAACAAGUUGAAACGCUCGCACUUGAACAUUUUAGUCUACCACCUUUGGUUUCCGACCUCUUCUGGCAAGACGACGAUCCUCUGAAACAUUUGCAUGAGGCUCCUGUUUUUCUGGCUUACCGCAUGUUACAGAAAUGCUCGCGACUUCGACGCCUCGCUCUCAUCGACCCGGAGCAGUGUUUCCUCGAUGCACUCAAUAUGUAUCCCGACGAUCCAAAAACCAGCAGCCCGGCCCCUGUGCUUACCCACCUGUGUCUUGCUUCGUCUGAUUGUGACCGCCUGAAGCUCUUUUUGGAGCGAAGGGCGGAAAGCCUUGCGAAGGAAAAGGGUCCACGGAUUUUGGACUAUCUUGAACUGGCGACAGCGAAAAAAGAUGUGCAUGUGUUGGAGGAUAUCGUAUCGCAGCAUGUUGAUAUGAGCCGUAUUGCAAAGAGUUCGCUGGCGGCUGAAUGGCAUGGAAGCGGUGUUUUAUGCCCUUCCAAAUGUACUUAG